AUGAGUGGAGGAAUAAAGCAACCAUGGUUGGUAACAGGGGAUGUCAACUCUGUCCUUUACCCUGUGGAGGAUGUAGAUACACAUGGAAUGAUAAACACGGUGAUUAUAGAGUUUUUUUCAAAAAUUGAUUGGGCAUUUGUCAAUAGAGAGUGGAUGGAUAAUAUGUCAGUAGUUCAGGCUGAAUUUCUAGUGGAGGAAAUCAGUGAUCAUUGCCCACUUAGAAUAAAGAAAGAUACAGGAGGAGUGAAGAGGAAUACAACUUUUAAAUUCUGCAACGUGUGGGUCUUACACUCUCAGUUUAAAAAGGUUGUAACACAGGGAUGGCAGCAACAAGUUGCAGGGUGCAAUUACUAUGAAACUAUGCUAGGAAGGAAAGAAAUAAGAAGAGGAAAAGCUUUUCAAAGCCUCCUGAAGAAUGGCACUACAUUGAAUGUUAUACAACAGAUGGAACUAAUACAACCAUUCACAGUCAAUGAGGUGAAACAUGCUAUGUUCAGUAUAGAUGUGAACAAAAUUUCAGGUCCAGAUGGUUAUGGUAGUGGUUUCUAUAGGGAAGCUUGGAGUAUAAUUGGUAAUUAUGUUACAACAACUAUAUUGGAAUUCAUGGAGAAUGGAAAAUUGUUAAGACAAGUCAACUCAACAGUAAUAUCUUUGAUCCCCAAAGUUCCAGUCCCAGAGUAUGCAAGUCAAUUCGGACCAAUUUCUUGUUGCAAUGUCAUAUACAAAUGCAUUUCCAAAAGGCUCAAGAAAGCUGUAUCAAUACUAGCAGCUGAAAACCAGGCAGCUUUUGUUGAAGAUGACCUGAUGAUAUUCUGUAAAGGAAAUAUGAAAUCCAUAGCUAGAGUGAUGGAGGCCUUACAGCAUUUCAGUGAUGUUACAGGGCUGGAGGCAAACAUAGAUAAAUCUAGCAUGUACCUAGACCUUCCUCUUACAUCAAGGAAGUGGAAUAAGAUGGAUUACAAGCAAUUAGUUGAUAAGAUCACAAACAAAAUCACUGUUUAUACAAGCUUCUGGAGUACUGUGUUUAUUCUGCCUCAAAGUUUGGUAAAGCUUGGUGAUAAGAAAUGCAGAGAUUUCCUAUGGGGUGCACCUGAAGACAAAAGGAAGGUUAACCUAGUAGCAUGGAAAAGGGUAUGUAUUCCUAAACAAUAUGGAGGUUUAAACAUCAAAAGUUGCUGCAAAUUGAAUAUUGCUGCAGUAGGUAAACUUCUAUGGCAAUUAGCUAGGAAAAAAGACACACUAUGA